CAUUCCUGCAGCAGUACUUCCGGUCGGCAUUUUGUUCUGCGAGAGAGGGGGAGAGUCUGUGGAUCCUUUUAUCACCGCGUCAAUAGUCUUUCAGUUUUUACUUGUAAUUAUUUUCCAGAAUCUAAUAGAAAUAGGUACAAUCUCGCAUCAGUUUCAGAGCGCCACCGGUGAGAGCACCGGUUAAGGGAAUGCUCACCUCCCUCAAGCAUUCAUGUUUGCUGUGAGAAGGAAGAAGAACGAACCCUCCCGACCCGGAUUAUUGUUGUUAUAUUACUCGGAGGAGCUGUGAGAGCGAUUGAACGGAGGGGGAGCUAGACGCGGAUCCGAAAACACCAACCAUUUCUUUUUAAACAUCACAUCCUGAGCGGUUGGGAGAUGUGAAGAGCGGCCAGAGGGAGGCGACGUUAAGCGAUCUGUGCAUCCUCACGACCCCCCCCACCCUUCAGCAUGAAUGGGGAUAUGCCUCAUGUGCCCAUCACCACUCUCGCUGGGAUCGCUAGCCUCACAGACUUGUUGAACCAGCUGCCUCUGCCCUCUCCGCUGCCUGCCACCACCACCAAGAGCCUGCUGUACAAUGGGAGGAUUGCCGAAGAGGUGGGCUGCCUGUUGGCCUGCCGCGACGAGACGCUCGUGUCCCAGCUGGCCCACAGCCUUACGCAGGUCUCCACCGAGCACAUAGAGCUGAAAGACAACCUGGGCAGUGAUGACCCGGAGGGAGACGUUCCUGUGCUGCUGCAGACGGUGUUGUCCAGGAACCCCAACAUCUUCAGGGAGAAAAGUAUCAUGCAACAGCAAAUGGUCUCACAGUAUAAGAUGUCCCAAAAUUCCAUGCACGGAAGCCCGGCAUCAACAAACUACCAGCAAACCACUAUUUCACACAGUCCUUCCAGUCGCUUCGUUCCCCCACAGACGGGCACGGGGAGUAGGUUCAUGCCCCAGCAGGGCAGCCCGGUGCCCAGCCCCUACGCCCCCACGAGUCCUGCAGGGUACAUGCAGCAGUACUCCCACCCCCCCAGCUACUCCCAACACCAACAACAGAUCCAGCAAGGGUCGGUGGCCAGUCCCAUGGUGCCUGGUGGUAUAAGGAACAUACACACAGACAAUAAGGUCUCGGGGCAGAUGGCCAGCAACUCCGCCAAUCACAACAGCGAAGACUACAUGGGCAUGGUGCACAGGCCCAUGGGCAGCGGGGAGAGUGACUUGAGAAACGCCUCGUUCCCCCUUCGAUCGCCUGUCUGCUCGCCUGCAGGGAGUGAAGGCACCCCAAAAGCUGGGUCACGGCCGCCACUCAUCCUGUCCCCGCCCCCUUACACGUCCCCCCGGGAUGCGGCGGCGGCCGCCGAGCUGCUGCUGGACUCGCCCGAGCAACGGAAGAAGCAACGCAAGCAGCUGGGCGAGGCGGCCGACGGUAAGACUGCCCCCGCCAUGUACGACAUCGUCAGCCCACCCUCCAAGGACUCGACCAAGCUCACGCUCAAGCUCUCGCGGGUCAAGUCGUCGGAGAGCGACUCGGCCGCGCCUGGCGGUGCCAACGCGGAGCUCCUCCCGGGCAUGGAGCCCGGAUCGGACGCUGAGGGCGAGCUGCCCUACAACAGCCUGCAGCCUUUCCGCAGUGGCGACCCGGCACAGAGGCUGGGCCCGGGGCACUGCGGCGGCGAGCAGUCGGGGUACCAGCAGGUGCCUGUUCUCCAGAACACGGGCGUGCGGGCGGAUGACCCCAGACAGCGGGGGCCCUUGGAAGAAGCCGAGAUGGGCCAGCGCGAGAUCGAGAGGAUCGAGCGGGAGUCAGCCAUUGAGCGCGAACGCUGCUCCAAAGAGGUUCAGGAUAAAGAUAAGCCACUGAAGAAACGGAAGCAGGACUCGUACCCCCAGGAGCCCGGCGCCGGAGGGACCGCAGGGGCCACCGGGGGCCCAGGGAUGGGCGGUGGCGGCAGCGCAGGCCACAAACUGGCCCCGCAGGAGGCCAGCGCUGCCAGCAACGGGGCGAACCGCCUCGCCCUCAUGGUCAGCAUCGACCUGCAGCAGGCCGGCCGGGGGGAGGGUCAGCUGGAGCCAGUGGCCACUCCUCUCCCCGCUCUGGAGGCACAGCGGUGGCCCGAGGAGGGGCCAGAGUCAGCGGGCGUCUUGCGCAUGCGCUCGAAGACGGACGGCGAGGUGCAAAAGGCCGACGGGCGGCCGGAGGUUAUCAAACAGCGCGCUGACACGCCACAGAAGCCGGGUCCAGACGGCCACGCCGAGAUGCCCAGGCACAAGCAGGACGGGCGACACGACCGGGAGCGGGAGAGAGACCGGGACUCGGGCAAGGCCAGCUCGGAGCGGAGGCCCGACGGGUCAAAACACAGGCACGACGGCAAGCCCGAUGGCAAGAAACACCCCGACACCCCGCGGAAAUCUGACUCGGCGCGCGACGGGCAUCGAGAGGACCGACACAAGGACCGGGACAGAGAACGAGACAAGGACCGGGAGAAAGAGCGCGACGGCGACUCCUCUCGCGUCCGCCGGCCUGAAACCCCGAAAUCCUCAGACCGUCACGAACGUCGGGACCGGGAAAAAGACAGACGGUCACGCCAGGCGGUGAAAGGUGCGGAACGGGAACGGGCUGACAGCCCCCGUGUGAAACAGGAGCGGGACGGCAACCGCCCUCGGCCCGACCGGCCUGGCGGGAAGGACACUGAGCGACGGAGUGGAGGUGGCGACUCGGGCAGAAGCCGCACGGACGGUCACAAACAGCAGCAACCGCAGCCCGGCCCGGACAACAAACCCGGCAGUGAUUUCCCGUCCUUCCUGCUCGGCGGAAAGUCUGGGGCGCUGAAGAACUUUGUGAUUCCCAAGCUGAAGCGAGACAAGGACGGCAAAGUGAUCGCUGACCUGCAGCGGGCGGAGGGCUGGAGUGAGCCCAGGGUCAAGCUGGAGCGCAUAGGCCCAGAAAAGGGCCCGAACCUGGACAAGGGCCUCAACAAGGGGCCCAAGCCUGUGGUGGUGCUCCAGAAGCUCUCCCUGGACGAGGUCCAGAAGAUCAUCCGCAAGAGCAAGAGCAGACCGUCGUCCUUCGGGAAAUCCUCAAAAGCGUCGUAUGACCAGAGUGUACUGCGGGAGCUGCCGCCUCACCUGAUGGCCGAGAUCGAGUCCACCAUGCCCCUCUGCGAGCGCGUCAAGAUGAACAAGCGCCGACGCAGCACGGUCAACGAGAAGCCCAAGUACGCCGAGCCCAGCUCAGACGAUGACGAGGACGACUCCUUCGAGCCCUCACGGAAGCGGAACAAGCGUGAGCGCGACAAGGCGUGGGAAGGCGAUGACCGCGAGCGACGGGGCUCUGGGGAGCAUCGGCGCGGCGGUGGUUGGGGCAGUGGCGGCCGGCAGAGGGAGCGCAGCCCAGACGAGUCGGACGAGGAGUCUCCCCCACCUAGCAUAAGCGACAUUGCCAGAAAGUUGAAGAAGAAAGAGAAGCAGAAGAAACGGAAGGCGUAUGAACCCAAGCUCACUCCAGAAGAAAUGAUGGACUCCUCCACGUUCAAGAAGUUCUCUGCCUGUGUGGACAAUAUUCUAGAUAACCUGGAGGAUGUGGAUUUCACAGCGUUAGACGAUGAUGAGAUCCCUCAGGAACUACUUCUUGGCAAACAACAGCUCAAUGAACUGGGCAGCGAGUCUGCCAAGAUCAAGGCCAUGGGCAUCACAUUCAGGCUUCCAUCUGACAAGCUUGUGAAGGUCUUGAACAUCUUGGAGAAGAACAUCCAGGAUGGAUCCAAGCUCUCAACCAUGAUGAAUCACGACGCGGAUGCGGAAGAUGAAGAGCGGCUGUGGCGAGACCUCAUUAUGGAGCGGGUCACCAAGUCGGCAGAUGCGUGCUUGACGGCACUCAACAUCAUGACGUCACCGCGCAUGCCCAAGGCCGUGUACAUCGAGGACGUCAUUGAGCGCGUGUUGCAGUACACAAAGUUCCACCUGCAGAACUCGCUCUACCCCCAGUACGACCCUGUGUACCGUGUGGAUCCACAUGGAAGUGGCUUGAUGAGCUCCAAGGCCAAGCGUGCUAAAUGCUCCACACACAAGCAGAGGGUCAUCGUCCUGCUCUACCACAAAGUGUGUGACAUCGUCAGCAAGAUCUCGGAGCUCCUGGACAUCCAGCUGCUGACCGACACCACCAUCCUGCAGGUCUCCUCUAUGGGCAUCACGCCAUUCUUUGUGGAGAACGUGAGUGAGCUGCAGCUGUUUGCCAUCAAGCUGGUCACCGCGGUGUUCUCUCGGUAUGAGAAGCACAGGCAGCUGAUCCUGGAGGAGAUCCUCACGUCGCUAGCCCGGCUGCCCACCAGCAAGAGGAGCCUGAGGAACUUCAGGCUGAACAGCAGCGAUGUGGAUGGGGAACCCAUGUACAUCCAGAUGGUCACUGCUUUGGUGCUGCAGCUCAUCCAGUGCGUGGUGCACCUGCCCACGGAGAAGGACGCAGACGAUGAGUACGACAAGAAGGUGGAUCAUGAUGUCCUGAUUACAAACUCGUACGAGACGGCGAUGAGGACGGCCCAGAACUUUCUCUCUGUGUUCCUCAAAAAGUGUGGCAGUAAGCAAGGGGAGGAGGACUACCGGCCACUGUUUGAAAACUUUGUCCAUGAUCUCCUUUCCACGGUUAACAAGCCGGACUGGCCGGCUGCAGAGCUGCUGCUAAGCCUGCUGGGACGUCUACUGGUACACCAGUUCAGUAAUAAGCAGACAGAGAUGGCUUUGCGGGUGGCCUCGCUGGACUACCUGGGCACAGUAGCCGCUCGUUUGCGCAAGGACGCAGUCACCAGCAAGAUGGACCAGAAAUCCAUUGACCGAAUAUUGCGGGAGGCCUCGGGCAACGAUGAGACUCAGCAGCUUCAGAAGGCACUGCUGGAUUAUCUGGACGGGAAUUCGGAGAACGACCCCUCACUGGCGUUUGCUCGGAAGUUCUACAUCGCGCAGUGGUUCCGCGACACCACCACGGAGAUGGAGAAGGCCAUGAAGAACCAAAACCAGAAGGACGACGACUCGGACAGCCAGCACCACGCCCGCGAGAUGGAGACCACCAGCGAGAUCAUGCAGCGCGCCGAGGAGCGCAAGAAAUUCCUGCGCGUCAUCGUCAGGAGCUUGCCCGCGCAGUUCAGCUCACUCAAGAUGAACUCGGACACUGUUGACUAUGAAGACGCCUGCCUGAUCGUCAGAUAUUUGGCCUCCAUGAGGCCGUUUGCGCAGAGCUUUGAUAUUUAUUUAACACAGAUUCUGAGAGUGUUGGGGGAGAGUGCCAUCGCGGUGCGGACCAAAGCCAUGAAGUGUCUGUCAGAGGUGGUGGCUGUGGAUCCCAGCAUUCUCGCAAGGUCGGACAUGCAGCGCGGGGUGCACUGUCGUCUUAUGGACAACUCGACCAGCGUGCGCGAGGCCGCCGUGGAGCUGCUAGGCCGCUUCGUGCUGAGCCGGCCCCAGCUAACCGAGCAGUACUAUGACAUGCUCAUUGAGAGAAUACUGGACACGGGCAUCAGUGUGAGGAAGAGGGUUAUUAAGAUCCUGAGAGACAUCUGCCUGGAGCAGCCCACUUUCAGCAAGAUCACUGAGAUGUGUGUGAAGAUGAUCCGCAGGGUCAACGAUGAGGAGGGCAUUAAGAAACUUGUGAAUGAAACAUUCCAGAAGCUCUGGUUCACGCCAACGCCGAAUCACGACAAAGAGGCCAUGACCAGGAAGAUCCUCAACAUUACUGACGUGGUGUCAGCGUGCAGAGAUACGGGUUAUGACUGGUUUGAGCAGCUGCUUCAAAACCUGCUGAAGGCAGAGGAGGAUGCCUCCUACAAGCCGGCGCGUAAAGCCUGCGUUCAGCUGGUGGACAAUCUGGUUGAGCACAUCCUCAAGUAUGAGGAGUCUCUUGCAGACUGUGAGAAUAAGGCAGUGAACUCCAACCGUCUGGUGUCCUGCAUCACUACCCUCUACCUCUUUAGUAAGAUCCGUGCGCAGCUGAUGGUCAAACAUGCGAUGACCAUGCAGCCGUACCUGACCUCCAAGUGCAACACUCAGAAUGACUUUGUGGUGAUCUGCAACGUGGCCAAGAUCCUGGAGCUGGUGGUGCCCUUGAUGGAGCACCCGAGCGAGACCUUCCUCGCCACCAUCGAGGAGGACCUGAUGAAGCUCAUCAUCAAAUACGGCAUGCUGGUGGUGCAAAACUCAGUUAGCUGCCUUGGCGCUGUUGUGAACAAGGUCACUCAUAACUACAAGUUUGUUCUCACCUGCUUCAACCGAUACUACGGUGCGUUGAAUAAGCUGAAGGUCCAGCACCAGGAGGACCCGACCGGCUCGGUGCUGUCCAGCAACAAGCCGGCGCUGCUGCGCUCACUCUUCACUGUGGGGGCCCUCUGUCGGCACUUUGACUUUGACCUUGAGGAGUUCAAAGGCAACAGCAAGGUGGUGAUCAAGGACAAAGUGCUGGAGCUACUGCUGUACUUCACCAGGACGGACGAUGAGGAGGUCCAGACCAAAGCCAUCAUUGGCUUGGGCUUCCUGUUCAUCCAACACCCAGGCCUGAUGUUCUUCCCGGACGUGAAGAACCUCUACAACGACAUCCUGUCAGACAGGAAGAGGUCGGACAACCUGAAGAUCCAGGUGUUGAAGAAUCUGCAAACGUACCUGCAGGAGGAGGAUUCGCGCAUGCAAGAGGCCGACAGAGAGUGGAAGAAGCUGUCGAAGCAGGAGGACCUGAAGGAGAUGGGAGACAUCUCAUCCGGCAUGAGCAGUUCCAUUAUGCAGCUCUACCUGAAGCAGGUGCUGGAGGCCUUCUUCCACACACAGUCCAACGUCCGCCACUUCGCCCUCAACGUCAUCGCCCUCACGCUUAAUCAGGGCCUCGUCCACCCUGUGCAGUGUGUGCCCUACUUGAUCGCCAUGGGAACGGACCCAGAGCCCAGCAUGCGAAACAAGUCAGACCAGCAACUGGUUGAAAUUGACAAGAAAUACACAGGAUUCAUCCAUAUGAAAGCUGUGGCGGGCAUGAAGAUGUCCUACCAGCUGCAGCUGUCCAUCGCAGCCAAGCCGGGCUCCGUGGUGCGGGGCUUCCGGCAGGACGAAACGCACUCGGCGCUCUGCUCGCACCUCUUCAGCAUGGUGCGCAGCAACCGGCAACACCGCCGCGCCUUCCUCAUCUCCCUGCUCAACCUGUUCGACGACAGCGCGAAAACGGAGGUUAACAUGCUUCUCUUCAUCGCCGACAACCUGGCCUGCUUCCCCUUCCAGAGCCAGGAGGAGCCGCUCUUCAUUAUGCACCACAUAGACAUCACACUGUCUGUGUCAGGUAGCAACCUGCUACAGAGCUUUAAAGAGUCUUUACAGAAGGAGCCCAGACAUCGAGAUAAGAAGGAGAAGAGAAGAGAGAGGGAACGUGAGAGGGAGAGGGAGCGGGAGAGGCAGCGCGAGUACAGCUCGGACGAGGAGAAACUUCACAUGAGCGCGAGCAGCUCGGACGAGUACGACGACGAGGAGGUGAAGAGGAGGCCAAAGAAGAGUAAGCGACAGGCGGCUGGCUUGGACUCGGACUCCGACUCGGACGUGGACGACGUUGAAAAGGUGAUGGACCGUCUCCCGGAAAACCCCAUCCCGUUGCUGGACUUUGCCAACGCGUCUCAGGGCAUCCUGCUCCUGCUGGUGCUGAAGCAGCACCUGAAGAACCUCUACGGCUUCUCCGACAGUAAAAUACAAAAGUACUCUCCCACGGAAUCAGCCAAGGUGUACGAUAAAGCCGUGAACAGGAAGAACAAUGUGCACUUCAGUCCCCGGCAGACCCUUGAAUUCCUCAGCAAUGAUCUGUCCAAGGCUGACAUCACCUACGAUCUUAAGAAGAGGAUCGUCAGGCAAUAUCUGGACUUCAAGGUUCUGAUGGAGCACUUGGAUCCAGAUGAAGAGGACGAGGAAGGAGAGGCUGCCUCAGCGAGCGCCAACGCCCGAAACAAGGCCAUCAGCGCCCUGCUGGGCGGUUCUAGCCCCAAGAACCACCCGCCCCCACCCGCCGAUUCUGAGGACGAUGAGAGUGACGGGGAUGAAAAGACACCUGGGUCAUCACGGCGCUCGCGGAGUCGAGGGGGCGACUCUGCAGAAGCGACUGGCCACAUGAACGAAGCGGUGGAGGCCAUGGACGUCAUCGCCAUACUCUGCCCCAAGUACAAGGACCGGCCGCAGAUCGCACGGGUCAUCCAGAAGACCAGCACGGGCUACAGCGUCCACUGGAUGGCCGGCUCAUACUCCGGCACGUGGGCGGAGGCCAAGAAGCGCGAUGGCCGCAAGCUGGUGCCCUGGGUGGACACCAUUAAAGAGUCGGACAUCAUCUACAAGAAGAUUGCCUUGACGAGUGCGCACAAGCUUACUAACAAAAUGGUGCAGACUUUACGGUCACUGUACGCGGCCAAGGAGGGCAGCUCCAGCUAAUCUCUCCCCCACACACACACACACACACACUUACACACUCAUACCUUACAUAUACACGCAAAAACACGUACGUGAACACUUCGACAGGAACUCUCUGCAGCCAAACUUUAUUGGGAUUCCGGCAUUUUCUAAAAACCCUAUAGAGGACAUGCGAGAGUAGUGCAGACACACAAAAUAAGAGUUGGUUGUGGGGCGGGGGGGAAGGGCCAGAGAUUGGGGAUGGAGGGGAGAGGAAAAACGUGGAGGGACGUUUGUGGUCUGUGUUGAACUGCUGGUGGAUCAAUGGGACUCGACUAAGUUAAACAGGACAAAAGAAAUUGUGCAGAAGGACUUGCUGGGAUCCAAGACAUAAAGACACAGACAAAUGGAGAGACGCACACAUGGAAGGAGAAUGUUUGGGAAGCAAUGUGUGGGAGCUCCUUCGCUGUUGUGCAGCAAACUCGGUUGUUUGAUUUUUACUCCCACUGUAUCAUAGUUUAACACACCAAGAAGAAAAAAACAAAAACAAAAAUGUUUAUAUCUGACAAAAAAAAAAUCUGUUUAAAAAAAAAAUAAACUUAAAGUGAAUGUUGGAAA